AUGAACAUCCUCCAAGAAUCCUCAGGAAAAUCGACCUCAUUCGCGGCCAUACUCGGAGCCUUCAUCCCCACCUUCAGCAUAGCCUGCAUCUACCUGGCCAUCUUCCUCCUCAUCCGCAAUUCCUUUCGCAAAAUCUACGCGCCCCGCACCUUUCUCGCCACCAUUCCCCAAAAACACCGCACUCCUUCCAGCAAUGCCCCGGCGGGAGAAGGAGCGUCAUGGAUUGCCGAUUUUCGAAAUCUCUCCGACAUCUUCGUCUUGCAGCACAAUUCGCUGGAUKCGUAUUUGUUUUUGCGGUUUUUGAAAUUCAUCAUGGUGGUUUGUCUGGCGGGCGUGUGUGUGACGUGGCCCGUCUUGUUUGCGGUCAAUGUCAAGGGUGGUGGGGGCAAGGAACAGUUGGAUCGCUUGAGUUUUUCGAAUAUCGCCAGGAAUGAUUUCAUCUGGGCGCAUGUUGUCGUCGCCUGGGUGUUUUUGGGAGGUGUCUUUGUGGCCGUCAUGUGGGAGAGAUUGAGGGUCAUUGGUAUUCGACAGGCGUGUUAUUUACGUGAGAGUUAUUCCAAGAGAAUCUCCUCGCGAACCGUCUUGUUUAUGAAUGCUCCCAUUGAGGCGAUGCAAAAGGAGAAGUUGGGCAAGUUUUUCGGGGAUGAGGCGCAGAGGGCGUGGCCGGCGAGGAAUUUGGGGGAUUUGGAGGAGUUGGUUGCCGAGAGGGAUGGGUGUAUUAGGGCGUUGGAGAGUGCUGAGAUGGAUUUGAUUGUCAAGGCUGUGAAGAUGAAGGGAAAGAAACAGUCUUCCCACUCAUCAACAUCAUCAUCAGAGGAACAGUCUCUCAUCCCGAAGGCGCAUCGACCAACCACCAGGAAGCCGCCAUUAAUUGGAAAAAAAGUGGAUUCCGUAGAGACGGCACGGAACGCUCUCGUCCAAGUGGCGGAGAAGAUUGAAGCACACCGCAAAGCACCGGGAAGAAAUGUGGAAAAGCAGUCGGCCAUCUUCGUCCAAUUCACCACCCAACGAGCGGCACACAUUGCUUUCCAAAACAUCACCUUUCAACCCGGAAAACUUCCCCUCCAGGAUCGAUUCCUCGCCCCUCAACCCAAGGAAAUCAUCUGGAAGAACAUUUCCAAACCCUCUUCCAUCCGCUUAUCGCAAGCCUCCCUCGCUCUGGUCUUUGUCAUAGCCUUCACCAUCUUCUUCUCCAUCCCCGUUGGUCUCCUCGGCACCCUCUCCAACGCCAAACAACUCGCCGACAGAGUCUCAUUCCUCGGCUGGCUCAACGAUCUCCCAGACCAAUGGCUCGCUCUAUUGACCGGUCUGGUUCCCCCAGCAGUAACCAGUUGGUUCGUCUCCUACGUCCCCAAACUUUUCCGCCACAUCGCCAAACUUUCCGGCGAACCCACCACCUCGCAAGCGGAAUUGAAAACACAAGCCUGGUUCAUGGUCUUCCAAGUCAUCCAAGUCUUCCUCGUCACCACCUUUUCUUCCGGAGCCGCGGCCGUCGCGACCAAAAUCGCAAAAGAUCCCACCCAAGCUCCCGAUUUACUAGCCUCCGCCUUGCCGACCGCCAGUAACUUCUACCUCACCUACUUCCUCCUCCAAGGUACCAGCUCCGCCGCGAGCAAUCUCCUCGAUUACUCCGAAACACUCACCUACCUCUUCUACCAAUACCUCUGGACCAAAACCCCGCGCGAGAAAUUCGAAGUCUACGCCGAGAUGCGCGGCACACCGUGGGGGAGCUGGUAUCCGAAAUUCACCAAUUUCUUAAUCAUCGCCAUUGCGUAUAGUUGUAUCCAACCUCUGGUAUUGGGUUUCGCGGGGGUGGGCGUCGGGUUGUAUUAUCUAAGUCAUCGAUAUGGAUUAUUGUACGUACGACAGACAAAAGUGGAUACGAAAGGGGAGGGAUAUGGACGAGCGUUGAAGUCUGUUCUUACAGGCGUCUAUCUGGCGGAAUUAUGUCUGGUGGGAUUAUUUUCCGCGAGGAAAGCUACGGCGCAGGUGGGCAUGAUGGUGGCGUUGUUGGCAUUGACUGCCGUGGGGAAUAUCGUGGUGGAGAGAAUGUUGAGACCUCUAGAAGUUUUUCUUGGAGAGGAUGUUUGGAGGGAGGAGGAAGGGGAGUUGGUUCGCAGGGAUGGUGCUGAUGAUGUGGAGGAUGAAGAAGGGGAUGAAGCGGAUCGACAUGCUGCUUCGCAUGGUCGGAGAUUGGGAUUGAAGAAAUUACCGGGGAAAAUUCUCCCGAGGAAAUUAUCGGAUUUUUUGGAUGGGAUUAUUUCGAAUUCGAGAGGGGAAGCGGAGGGUUGGUUGAAGAGUUCUAGUGCUGAAGAGGAUGAAAUUUUGGGAGUGGAGGGCUUGAGUAAAGAGGAAGUGGAGAAAGUUUAUGAGGCGCCUGCUUUGGGGAGUCGUAUUCCCAAGGUGUGGAUUCCUCGAGAUGGGAAUGAUGAGGGGAGGGUUAGUAAGGAAUUGAUUGUUGAGGAUGAAUUGGUGGGGAUUGAGACGAGUGAUGAGGGGGCUGAGGUGCUGGAGGAUGGUGAUAGGGAGGGGUUGGGGGGGAAGAGGGGGAGGAUGGUGUGGAGUUGUCGGUUUGAGGAGGUGCCUGUUUGGAAGGGGGUUGGGAAGGUUGUGUAG